GCUGCGAGCUUCAAGCUGCUAGUCAGUAGCAGCCCAGCAGCCCUGAGCACCAGCACCCAGAGCUACCAUGGCCUACUGCCGGCAGGAAGGGAAGGAUCAAAUCAUAUUUGUGACCAGAGAAGACCACGAAAGUCCCAGCAAUGCAGAGCUGGUGGUCGACGACCCCAAUGAUCCCUAUGAGGAGUACGGGUUGACGCUGCCAAGUGGAGAAAUUAACUGGAAUUGCCCGUGCCUUGAGGGGAUGGCCAGCGGUCCCUGUGGAGAGGCCUUCAAAUCUGCCUUCGCCUGCUUCCAUUACAGCACGGACGAAAUCAAGGGGUCAGACUGCGUCGAGCAGUUCCAAGCCCUGCAGGAGUGCGUGCAGAACUAUCCAGACGUCUAUCCCCAAGAGGAGAAUGAGGCCGAGGGUGAGGACAAGGACGAGGACAAGAGCGACUUCGACGAGGAGGGCAAGGAGGACAAGGAGGGCGAGGAGGACGAAGAUGGCGAGGAGGGCGAGGAGGACGAGGAGGAGAGUGAGGAGGAGGAGGAGGAGAGUGAGGAGGAGGAGGAGGAGGACUACUACGAUAGCUACUAUGCGGAGGGCGAGGAAGACGAUGUCUACUAUGAAGGGGCUGAAGAGUGGGCUGAAGAGUGGGAAAACGACUAUUACGAAGAGGGCGGCUUCUACUAUGAGGAGGAGGAAGAAGAGAACAUCUACUAUGAGAUUGACUACUAUGGGGAGGAUGAGGAAGAGGAGGAUAGGGAUGUUUACUACGAGCUUGACUACUACGAGCUGGAUGAAGAAGAGGAGGAAGAGGAGUCAGCAAAAUCGGUGGAGGAAGCAGUUGACACUGAGGCCUCUGCUGCCACCAAGCAGGAGCCAAGUGUCUAAAAGUCCCUGUCCCCAGCUGCCGCUGCCCUUUUGCUUAGCCUCAGGACUUUCUGCACAAUAACUGCCUUCCAAUAGCCCUCCACGAAAGCAUCUUUCCCUCUGCUGUUCUACGCUCUGUCCUAUAGAAAAUAACUUACCUUGAUGAUCAGGGGUCUUGGCGGCUUGCCAUAUACCCUGAAGAAAAGAGGUGUGUGUGUGGUGUGUGCCUGCACCCUACAUAGACCUACCGCCCGCACUAGGCCACUGCUCAACUGUCCUCUCGAGUGCCCUGGACUUUACUGCCUUGAAAUAAUGUGACAUUCUCAACAGUCAAAAGUUGUUCCUCAAGAAAGUCUCUCGUGAAUCCUUGGAGUGUCACACCAUCAGAGAAACUGCAAAAGGAAAUGGCUGGAAAAUGGCAUCUGGUCUUCAGGCUUGGGGAAAGAAGAUGUAGUGACGCGGCUUCCUGGUCAAUUGGUGACUUUCCAGGAGCGCCAUUUUGCCAUAGACUGUGGGUCUGGCCAACUGACUCAUUUUGUCCCAGCAUCCCACCUUCCACAUGGCACAUGGUCUUUUCCUGGAUGGUGGGUUUUUUUUGCUUCCAUUUAAUGAGAAAAUAGUAAGGAAAAACCAACUCAGGCCAUGAGCUCAACUUUUAAUCCUCUGUGGAAAGCCCCAAAACAGGAAAUGCACACCUCCAAUCAAGAGAAGGGUGAACACGUUUUGUGAAACUGAGUUUCUUUGGGUCCAUCUUCCUUUUCGGGAACAAAAAAAAUAACUAAAAUGAUUUAUAGAGUAGCCAAAUAUCUUCUUCCACCUAGAGUUCAUAGAGAUAUGUAUUUUUCUUGUGAGACAAGAAAAUAUCAUUUUCUUAUACAUGUUCUAUUUUAUGACCUAGUAUUUCCCAUCAAACAAAAGGAUCUUAGCGGAAACCAGGGGACCAAACCUAAAUAACACCAUUAGUGGGGAAUGGGAGCUCCACUGCCUUAAGCAAACAACCCUGGGCAAAAUCAGGUCUCAGCCAGUAUGGUCAUCUGUAAAUGAUAUGAAUUUGCUUAUUUUUUUAAAGAUUUAUUAUAUGUACAAUAUUCUGCUUCCAUGUAUGCCCACACACCAGAAGAGGGCGCCAGAUCUCAUUACAGAUGGUUG